AUGCACUGCGCGUCCUUUGAGCAGAACCUCUCCCGGGUGUCUUUGGGCGACUCCGCCAAGGCGGCGGGCGCCAAGGAGCAGAGGGACUCGGACUUGGAGGCCAAGAGUAACUUCUGGAUCUACAACCUAGAUGUGAAGCUCAGAGUGCUCCCAGCGGGAGGUCGGUCCUGGAAGGCUGCACCCAGCAGGCCGUCCCCGCCCCCAUAUUUGCUGGUGCGCUCAGGCUCCCUCUGCUUCCCAGUGGAUCUCUCUUUGCUGACACCACGGCGCUGCGAGCCCCCAGCCCGCCCCUACCCUUCCUCUCAGGCUUUUAGCUUUAAAUCUUUAUCAGGAGCCCUGGCACGGGCUGGAGACAAGGCCACGAACUUGGGGGCUAGCCCCAAAGUCCGGAAGACCCAAGACUCAUGGUCGGAGGCACCCAACCCAGCAAAAGUCAGGGGCCAGAAGGAGCCGAGCUCUCACACCAUCAGAAUCGACCGCAAACAAGGCCGCCAGACCUACACCCGCUACCAGACCCUGGAGCUGGAGAAAGAAUUUCACUACAAUCCGUACCUGACGCUGCGGCGGCGCCUGGAGAUCGCGCAUGCGCUCUGCCUCACGGAAAGACAGCUCAAGACUUGGUUUCAGAACCCGCCCAUAAAGUGGAAAAAGGAGAACAAGACCGCGGGCCCCGGGACAACCGGCCAGGACAAGGCUGAAGCACAGGAGGAAGAGGAAGAGUGAGGGAUGGAGAAAGGGCAGAGGAAGAGACAUGAGAAAGGGAGAGGAGGAGAAGCCCAGCUCUGGGAACUGAAUCAGGAAACUCAAAUAGGGAAGUGGAAAAAAAAACCUAUUUAAAUGAAAGGAGUUUAAAAACAUUUUUUAAGGAGGGAGAAAGGGGAAAAUUUGGUUUUUCAACACUGAAAAAAUAAAGAGAAGGGGAAGCAACGGCUCUCACGUUGGGACAAUAUUGUCCGGAAGCUGAAGAAGAAACUGAAUGCUCCUUGUUUCCUCCUACGCAUUCCUUUCAAUCCGGAGGGGGGAAAAAAUCCCAAGUUCUGCAAAGGUAAAGGAGAUUCUACAAUUUUCUUCUUGUUCUUUUGCAUCGCUUUUGUGGCGGGGUGGGGCUUGGGUUUUUCUCCCCCCUCCCCCGCUCCAAGACGGGGCUGAACCCCAUCUCUGGGCGCUGCAGGGAGAAGCUUCCCAGGAAAUUUGGUGGUGGAGAGAGGGGUGGCUGCUUCCUGGAGGGGGGGCCAAGGCAGGGAAAGUGGGAAGAGGAAUCAAAAGGGGGCCAGGAGACCAGCUCUAAGUCGCCUUUUUAAGCUUGGAGGAGAGACUCAAGCAAGGGGGCUGUGAAAGAGA